CAGCAGCGGCAUCAUCAUCAUCAGCGGCGGCGGCGACAUCAUCAUCAUCAGCAGCGACAUCAUCAUCAGCAGCGGCGGCGACAUCGUCAGCGAUGAGCUCCGCCGGUGAUCUGAGCGCCGAGGCGGCGGCGGUGGCCGCGGCAUCGUCCCCGCGCCUCGAGCACCUCCUGAGCGCCGUGGAGCGCGAGUCCCGCGCGGGCAGCGAGAAGGGCGACCCCACGGAGCGCGAACUGCGCGUGGCGCUCGAGGAGCGCGACCUCUGGGAGAGGUUCAGCGAACUCACCAACGAGAUGAUCGUCACCAAGGCGGGCAGGCGAAUGUUCCCCGUGAUCAAGGCGUCCGUGUCGGGCCUCGACCCGAACGCCAUGUACUCCCUGCUGCUGGACUUCUGCGCCGCCGACGCCCACCGCUGGAAGUACGUGAACGGCGAGUGGGUGGCGGGCGGCAAGCCCGAGCCGCAGCCGCCCAGCUGCGUCUACAUCCACCCGGACUCGCCCAACUUCGGGGCGCACUGGAUGCGCGCGCCCGUCUCCUUCUGCAAGGUCAAGCUCUCCAACAAGAUGAACGGCAGCGGGCAGAUAAUGCUCAACUCGCUCCACAAGUACCAGCCCCGCAUCCACAUCGUGCGCGUCGGCGGCGCCCAACGCCUCGUCACGAGCCACGCGUUCCCCGAGACACGCUUCAUCGCCGUCACCGCCUACCAGAACGAGGAGAUCACUUCGCUGAAAAUUCGACACAACCCUUUUGCCAAGGCGUUUCUGGAUGCGAAGGAAAGUGCGGCGUGUUCCUACAGGAGUGACCCGCUGAAGGACGGCGUCGGAGACGUGGCGGAUAUUCAGCAGUCCGGAUACGCGUCCCUGGGCGGAUGGUUCCUGCCGACUGCGUCCCCCUCGUCCCACCACCAGCAGUUCCCCGGGGGUCUCGCGCUCUCCGCUCACCACGCGCCCGCGGGCUGCGAGCGAUUCUCCUCGCUCCGCUCGCACCGCGCCGCGCCCUACCCCAGCCCCUACCGCAGCUCCUCGCCCACCUCAGCCUACGUGGACGUCUCCUCCGGCGGAGGGCUCCCUCUGUUCCCCGCGCACGAGGGCUGGUCGAGCCUGCAGGUUGGGGGGCCCGGCGGGGCCACGACCUCGGCGCCGGCGCCCAGCCAGUACCCCAGCCUGUGGUCCGUGAGCAACAGCAGCCUCUCCCCGGCACAGCAGCAGCAGCAGUCCGGCCCCACCGCAGGCCUCCCCGUGCCGUUCUUCCGCGGCGGCGGCGGCGGCGGCGCCUCCUCGUCCUCGUCCCCGUACGGGUCGAGCCACGGAGGGGGCCCCCCUGCCGUGUCGCCCUACGACAGCGUCGGCCACCACCACCACCACCACCACGGCUCCGAGCUGGCGGGGACCGGCCACCCCCUCUCCUCGUCGUCGUCCUCGUCGUCCGCUUCCUCCUCCUCCUCCUCCAUCAUCCCCGUGUCGUCCACCAUCGCCGUGGGGCUCCCCGACUCGCACUACGACGCUCAAGCCCACCAGAGGCUCAUGUCGCCCGCCUGGGCUUCGCUGUCGCCGGCGACGCUGCAGUAGUCCGCGGUCGCCGGCGCCCCGGCCCGGAGACAUUUGAGUCGCGAACUUGUGGCCGGCCUCUGAGUUUGAACGACUGCGCGACGAGCCGACGUCGUUCAAACCUGCGGCGGCGGCGGCGGCGUUUCUUCUUUUUGUUGUUGUUGUUUCACCGAAAUUUGGGCUCGGCAUUCCCCGCGCGAUGAAAUCGACGACGACGGUUUGCGUCGGGCAGCGAACGCUCCAGGGCGUCCAACGGGAGGGCCCCGCUUACAGGACACAGGAGAGCAAGAGGAGGAAGAAGAAUAAGAGGCGUUCCCGUGUCGUCCACCACCAAGAGGCGUGCUAACCUCGCCUCGCGCGAGGCGAUGCACUGGCGACUCGGCACCGACGGCGAGUUCCCGAUGUGUUUCUGGGAGAAACGAUUCAAAGAAAGGAGACAUUUGAAUGAAAUUUUAAAAGCAUUCGCAAAUGUUGUUGGGUUUACACGAGGACGCGUAUACGUUAUAUAUCGCGGAAAAUGCACAUGUGCUUGCUGUGUCAUGCAAAAGACAAAGAUUCCCUUCUCUUUGGUUCUUUCGGUAAAGUCACGUAUUUCUUUUCUAGAUUUAAAGCUUU